AUCUAAGCAUAUAAGGAAAUAGACGCUUUAGAAGAAAAAAAGAGUGAGACAUCCGUGGGCUGAUUCUCUUUGUCCCCUUCGAGCCAAGAUUCACUCACGUAUGACUGCGGCCCGCAACUCCCAGCAGUGGGCCGAUGAACGAGUGAUUGCCGGCUUGGAAUGUACGGUGAUAAAUAAUCGGGCAACAAUGCAGGGCAUUUGUAGACGAACGCGGAUCUGAUAUCUCGUAAGCACUAAGCCCGGAAAUAAAUAAUAUGACUAUAGCUCUGCAAGCACCCUGAAAGUAUGGUGAUCUUAUGAGCUUCUUUGCGACUCUCAUACUCGCAACGCGGCCGUCAAAGCAGAGGUAUAGACAGCGGAGGGAAAGGUUCAGAGAAGAAAGCUACCAGCGCGGGUGUUAGGGACGAUGGGGAAUAAACUCAGUUACUGCGAGCCACGAUGCCAGAUCUGCGCCGUCGCUUUCAGAGUUAAUCGGAUACCUACCCCGCAGGAGCGAGAAGCGCAGAUGUUGGGCAAUGAGGGAGCAGGAGAUGCUCACGAUGGUAUCUUGCACAGCCCAGGAGCAGGGUACGAUGGUUCUCUUAUCUCUGCGGACGAGAUGAAGGGCGUUGAUAACCUUCGAUGUCUGCUUCGGAAACCGGAUGAUUUUACGCCAGAAGACGGGGACGAGGAUUUUGAGAAAGAUGCCACUUGUUUCCUGACAGACGUUGCAGCUCACAGAGGGCCGGUCAUAUAUCGAUCCGGCCCUUUUCGGACGUCGAGGCACGGUGUGACAGAGGCGAAGAUCACUAACGAUAAUGACGCUUUUGGUGGAGAAUGGGGUAUGCCUUUUCAUCCCACAUGCUUUGAGAUCUUCAAACGCGUCUGUUUGGCAAAGCUCGGAUACGUCGAUAUCGAUGGGUUGUGGAGGGUAAGAGAUCUACGAGGAUCAUACGAGUAUUCAGCAGCUGGAACUCGGCGCGCUCUUUCGGUGCGUCAGUACGCAUUCGAGGAUGAGGGUUGGCACUACAAGCCCGGCACUGAGUACUUGGCGGCGAAUCCGGUGAAUAUCCCCGGAUUUGAAGAACUCGUGAAGAGUUGUGCAGACGAACCUACUGUGGAAGGAAACGGCCAAUUGUCGCCAGAGUCAAGCCCGCAGCAGGAUCCUGAAGUGGAAAGCCCGAAACCAGACAUCUUCAGCAAGCUUCCCAACGAGCUUCUCAGCGAGAUCAUGUGGUAUCUCUCCCCCGGUGAUAUUGCAAAUUUACGACUUGCUACGCGGUCAUAUCGUUGCCUUCCGGACAUUCUCUUCAAGCAUCUCAUCCGCACCGAGAUGCCAUAUUUCUGGGAAUUUGAUGAUCUCGAUUCACAACAAACGGACUGGUCUCAACUUUACGCCAAAUUGAAACUUGACUGGAAGAAAAAUGUCCUGGGUUUGCGGAAUCGGGAGCGAAUCUGGAAAGAAGUGGAGGGCAUCGUGAAAAUGAUCAGUGAGACAAACUGCGGCCUGGUUCAUUGAACCGACUAGCUUUCGCUGUUCGCUUGCUGAAGGCCCAAUUCGUCUUAAUUUGCAUCGUUGGAGUUUGGCGUUGACUAGAUACCCUACUCAUCUAGUGAUGGGACAAAGGAGUGGUGCUGAUCAAAAGUCUUUCGUGUCUCUUUUCUUUCGAUGUCCUACACUGCAUUGACCCAUCUGAAGACAUUGAUAUUUGCAUGUGGCGUUUGGCAGCAUACUAGACGGGGAAUGCCGACUUUCAGUGUCUCUUCUCAGUUACAUAGUUACUCUUUAGUGCUAAUCAUAAUAAAAGCCAGUCCUGAACUACUCAAUUAAUCAG